CAUUAAACGGCUUCUUCUAGAAAGGGGCUGCUAUUCCGCCGUCGCCCACCGUAUGCAACUGUAGAACUUACGUUAAAGCUUGAGCCAAUUUUCCUUUUUAUUGUCUGUCAACUUUCUGUUACUUUCGGCUCUAAUACAAUUGUCCAUUUCAUUUCGUUUGAGCUAAUCUGUUCUUUUAUGUGCAUCAUGCAUUGUGUGAACUGCUUAAGCUUUUGGGGUUGGCAGAGGGAAAUGGCAAAUUGGUGCCAACACGUUUGAAGAAGACGACAAAAAAGGUGAGUUGCUCACCAAUAAAGCCAUAUUGUCUGGAUUUGGAGGUGAUUGCUGAUUUCAGCGGGUUUUGUUUCUCGAAGGAUAAAACCCAUAUAAAGAGCAGUGCAGGGUACCUGAAAUUUGUGCAGAUCGAUUCAAUAUCACAGGUUUGAGGCUGGUAUUUCGAAUUUCAAGCUUAGAAUUUCAUACCCUACAAAGGGUUUUGUGUAUUUGGGUGCCUUAGUUGUUGUAUUUGAUUGUUUUAAUCCAUAAACAAUUGAAGCUGAGUAAACAAAGGUGAAAGAUGGUAGGAAGUACUGAAGCUAUGAACAAAAAUAUCUAUUCAAAUGGUUUGAUUCAUAGCUCAAAUGGUUCUUUAGAAGAGAGGCUUGAUGAGCUUAGGCAUCUUAUGGGGAAAGCAGAAGGAGAUCCGUUAAGGAUUGUUGGUGUAGGUGCUGGUGCCUGGGGUAGUGUUUUUACUGCCAUGUUGCAAGAUGGUUAUGGUCACCUAAGAGAUAAGGUUCUAAUAAGGAUAUGGAGGAGACCUGGGAGAACUGUUGAUAGGGCUACGGCUGAACAUUUAUUUGAAGUGAUCAAUUCUAGGGAAGAUGUUUUGAGGAGAUUGAUACGGAGGUGUGCUUACUUGAAGUAUGUUGAGGCAAGAUUAGGUGAUCGGACACUUUUUGCAGAUGAGAUUCUGAAAGAUGGAUUUUGCUUGAAUAUGAUUGAUACUCCACUUUGCCCUUUAAAGGUUGUCACUAACUUGCAGGAGGCUGUGUGGGAUGCUGAUAUUGUGAUUAAUGGCUUGCCAUCAACGGAAACUCAUGAAGUGUUCGAGGAAAUAAGUAAGUAUUGGAAAGAAAGAGUUACAGUGCCAGUUAUCAUUUCUCUCGCAAAGGGUGUAGAAGCUGAGUUGAAACCUGAGCCACGCAUAAUAACUCCUACUCAGAUGAUCAAUCGAGCAACUGGAGUUCCUAUGGAGAACAUUCUCUAUCUUGGGGGGCCUAAUAUUGCUUCAGAGAUUUACAAUAAGGAAUAUGCUAAUGCUCGAAUAUGUGGAGCUGAAAAGUGGAGGAAAGCAUUAGCAAAAUUUCUAAGGCAGCCACACUUCAUAGUGUGGGAUAAUGGUGACCUUGUUACUCAUGAAGUUAUGGGUGGCUUGAAGAAUGUCUAUGCCAUUGGUGCUGGAAUGGUAGCAGCUCUGACCAAUGAGAGUGCCACUAGCAAAUCAGUAUAUUUUGCACUCUGUACAUCUGAGAUGAUAUUCAUCACUCAUCUCUUGGCAGAAGAGCCUGAGAAACUUGCUGGGCCUUUGUUGGCUGACACUUAUGUAACCCUGUUGAAAGGUCGUAAUGCAUGGUAUGGGCAGCAGUUGGCUAAAGGUGGAUUGAGCCUUGAAAUGGGUGAUAGCAUUAAGGGAAAGGGUAUGAUUCAGGGUGUCUCUGCUGUGAAAGCAUUUUAUGAGCUGCUAGGUCACUCUAGCCUUAGUGUCCUGCAUCCUGAAGAAAACAAGCCUGUAGCUCCAGUGGAGCUUUGCCCUAUUCUGAAGAUGCUAUAUAGAAUACUAAUAAUGAGAGAAUUUCCUCCUCAAGCCAUUCUCGAAGCAUUAAGGGAUGAAGCCAUGUACGAUCCAAGAGAUCGUAUAGAGAUUGCACAAACUCAUGUCUUCUACAGACCUUCUCUUCUAGGUCAUCAGCCUUGAUUACUGAUUCGACUAUCUUCCACAUCAAGUAUCAGAAGAUGUAAACUUGAGAGCAACAAGAUUAAAGAUCAAAUGCAGCGACAUGGUGAUGUAUACUUUGUUCAGCUUCCUUGAGCAGGAGAUGCUGAAUGUGUUGUGCUCAAUUUUGAUUUAAGGAUGUUUUUGAGCUUGUAUGAAACAGGACAAGAAUGUGUAGUUUUGUUCGACAAAGGAAAAGGAUAGAAACCAAGUUUGUUUGUUUGUUUGUUUGUUUUUUUUUUUUUUUUUGACACGUCCACAAAGGCACCAGCUGGACAUUUAUAUGCAGCAGCAUGAUGUCUUUGUGGUGGGGUAUGAUUGUGAUAACAUAAAAGUUUGGGUUGAAAAUCUAAAAUCGUUAGAAGUCCAGGAUAUUUUCAUAUAAAGAUCCUGUCAAAAAACCGACGUCGUUGCGACCGUAUAAUCUCCGACCCCAAUGUCUCUUUUAGACGACGACGAGCCGGGAGCCGGAAGCCGGCGGGUGAAGCAUACCCAUUUUAGAUAUGCUGUGAUAAAGUUGUACUUAGGCUAAUAGAGGUUGUACGCAUGU